CUUUUUAUGAUGCGUUUGAUUUUUAUGACAUAAAAUGAAUAUUAUAUAAGAUGGAGGCACUCUUUCCUUAACUUUAUUCUCUUUGAAAUCCAUGGAUUGAGUAUCUUUUUGAAACAUCACUUCGCCUUAAAACGAUGUCUCCAAAUUCAAAGAACAAUGGUGAUAUUUUGCCUGAAAGGCAAUUGGAGAGGCUGGUGGCACCGCAAGCCUCACCGAGGAAGUUCCAGAUAGUCUACUUCAAUAUAUUAACUGUUGGGUAUACUCACUUAGCUGCUCUAUACGGCAUAUACCUUUGUUUUACUGUGGCUCUAUGGAAAACUCUCUUACUAAAUUUCGUAGUAGGAGUUUUCGCUGCGAUUGGAGUCGGGGCGGGGGCGCACAGGCUGUGGAGUCACAGAUCCUACAAGGCUAAAUUCCCCCUGGAAAUCUUACUGAUGAUCUUUCACUCAAUGGCCUUCCAAAACACCGUGAUUGAUUUCGUACGAGACCAUAGGUUGCAUCACAAAUACUCCGACACAGACGCCGAUCCUCAUAACGCAACCAGGGGAUUUUUCUACUCUCAUUAUGGGUGGUUGCUUGUCAAGAAACACCCAGAAGUGACAAGACGAGGGCAAUACACCGACAUGUCAGACAUUUACAGUAAUCCUGUGUUAAAUUUCCAAAGAAAGUAUGCAAUUCCGCUAAUCGGAACAGUGUGUUUCAUUCUGCCUACCUUCCUCCCCGUUUACUUCUGGGGGGAGACUGUCAACACCGCAUGGCAUAUUUGUAUGCUCAGAUACGCGCUGAACCUCAACUUUACUUUCUCGAUCAACAGUUUCACACAUAUGUACGGAUACCAGCCAUUCGAUAAGAAUAUUCUUCCAGUGAAUAAUUUCCUUGCAAAUAUCGUCACUCUCGGUGAAGGGCAUCAUAACUUCCAUCAUGUGUUUCCUUGGGAUUACCGCGGAACACAUGUUAGUAACUUAUGGAAUAUAAGUUGUCUGUUAAUUGAUCUCUUUGCUUGGAUAGGCUGGGCUUACGGUUUGAAAACUGUCCCUGAAGAAGUUAUACAAGCAAGAAUUAAGAGAACGGCUAAAAUGGAUAGCAUUUGAAAAACUAAUUUUAUGGCAAUAAUCACCAAAUAUUUAUUGUGGGCAAACUAAAAGUUAUUAGGGAAGUAGAAAUAUUUUCGAACCGAAUAUUAAAUUAUUUACCUAUCCUUAUUGUAUGUAUCCUUAAAAAAUAUGUAAAUAGGUAUAUUUAAUUUAGAUUGCAAUCUCGUGUUGAGUGUCGGCAAUAAAAUAUUUUAUUUAUUACCCUAAUUAUAAAUUUCAAUGUCUCCAAAUAAAUAUCUACUAUAGAUGUAGCAUGUGCCAGAUAUAUAUUUCCUUUUUAGUAUAGUCAAUAAAGCCGAAGCUUCCUUAUUGUGGUAUAUGUAUAAUGUUGAUCUAUGGUUUUGGGUCAUAAGUCAUAUCGCAGAUGUCAUUCGAAUAUUGUUUCUGUUUCUCAAUAAAAAGCAAGAUUU